AUGUGCGAUAACGCGAGAAACUUUGUCGGUGCCAAGCGAGAGCUGGACGAGCUUCGUACGCUGUUUCUCAGUCAGCAGUUUCAAGAACAGGCGAUUAAGGUGGCAUCUGACGACAAAAUCGUAUUUAAGUUUAUACCAGCUCGAUCACCGAACUUUGGCGGAUUGUGGGAGGCAGCUGUGAAGUCGUUUAAAACAUUGUUCAAGAGGAGUAUCGGAACCAGAAUUUUGCUGCAUGACGAAAUGCAGACUGUCUUAUUGCAAAUCGAAGCAAUUUUGAACUCGCGUCCAUUGACACCAAUAAGCAACGAUCCUGCCGAUUUUGAAGCGUUAACUCCGGGACAUUUUUUGAUUCAUCGGCCUCUAACAGCAAUUCCUGAGCCAAAUCUGGACAACGUUCCAGAGAAUCGUUUAGCAGUAUGGCAACGGACUCAACAGUUUACUCAGCGGUUAUGGAAGAGGUGGUCAGAACAAUACUUGUCUGAUUUACAGAACCGAACUAGGUGGAUGCGACAGAGAGAGAAUCUAACCGUUGGCAGCAUGGUUGUCUUGAAAGACGAAAAUCUACCUCCGCUCAAGUGGCAGUUGGGACGUGUAGCAGAACUUCACCCAGGGUCUGAUGGAAACAUUCGUGUCAUCACAGUAAGAACAAAGGAUGGUAGCUAUCGUAGAGGAAUUUCAAAAAUCUGCGUGCUUCCUAUUCGAGACAACUCCAAGUUAUCACCCGAAGAGACUUGA